AUUCCUUCCACCCUUUCCCUUUCCUUUUCUCUUUCCCCCCUUCUUCCCCCUUUUCAGCAAAGAUGACCCAGCGCCGCGUCGUCUCGAGCAAGUACAACCACGGCGCAAAGCAGUCAGACGCACCGAGUCGACAGCACGACCGAUGGGCAAAGGGGCAGUCGAGCACGAGCAACCCGGCAACGUCAACGCACCGCCAAGCGGCUCAGCAGGCGCGCAUGGGCCUCGCCGCGCCGCCAAUGCAGAUCAGCAUGUCGGCUGCCGUGCGCACGCCCGAGAUUGCCGCGCUGCAAUCGGCCGUCCACGCCGCGCGCACGGGCGUCCCGUCAAAGUCCCGCCAGCUCACUGCAGAUCGCCUCGCCGCUUACAACGCUCAGGUCGAAAACCAGGAGCACGCCGCAGCAGCGCCCAUGGCCAUGAUGACCGCCGUCGUCCCCGCAGCCGCAGCAGCACCCUCCGUGCGCUCUGGUCGCGGCGGCCCCGGCGCCAAGUCGGUCGCCGGCGGUUCGGUCGCUGGCGGGGCCACGCGGCGUCCGCCAAAGUACGGCGCCCCAGGCACGCUGCCCUUCCAGCAGUCCCUGGCCGCCGUCCAGCCUGGCUCGGCAGCAGCAGCAGCAUCCGCCGGGGUUGCGUACGGGCAGCUGCCGGCAGACGCGUUUGGUGCUGGUGCCGCUGGCGCUGGAGCCGCCGCCGGUGGUCGCCAUGUGGCUCGGUCCACUGCUGGAUCGGUCUUUGGUGCUGCCGCCUCACGCCGCGCUGCUUCCGUGCGCAAUGGCCGCGCUUCCAGCAACAAAAACAUGGACGACGAUGAGGUCGAUAUGGGCGGAGUGACAGUGCAGGGCGAUGGCGCUGUGCCACAUGGUCUUGAAGCGUACACUGCUGGAUACGACCCCAGCAUCCCGAUCAGCAUGAUGGAAAUCUUCUCUGGCGUUCGCCGCAACAUGUCCAGUGCCAACGACCACGAUCGACGUGUGUGCGCCGCCCUCGAGGCCGUGCACGAGAUUGUCGUGGCCGACGACUCGCUCACUGAGGCCUCGCGCAACGCUGCCGCCUACUGCGCGAGCUUCCUCAACCUGAUCGAGCGCGACACCAACACCGUCGCCACUCUGAUGGCAGCUGCACAGGCUCGUGGUGCUGCCGAGCUGGACGACCAGGAGCAGCUCGAGUGCACCGAGGCGCACUCGUCUGUUGCCGCCGUCGCGCACUUGCUCUCGCUCACCUUCCCCCAGGUGGACGCGCGCUUGCUCCAAAAGAAGUUUGUUAGCCUUGCAGCGCUUCUCGCACAAGCGCUCGAGGUGCACUCGGUCAACACUGCCGCCACUCGUCACCUCAGCACCUGCGUGCAGCUCUUCCUGCAAGCCCAGGAGGCUCUUGCCUGGAGCACCAAGGAAGCAGAUGUCCUCUUCAACCAGCUGUUGACGCUGAGCACAGAUCCUCGCGCCAAGCCGCGUAAGGUUGCACAAGAUGCCGUUGCGAGCGUGCUUGAGCAGGCUCCUCUCGAAGCCGAGUCUCAUCCCGCUCUGCCGCGCACCACCGCAUUCUUGGAGAGCGUGCUCGGCUCGACGCGCAAGAACGACACAAUUGCAGUGCUGCACCUGCUUGCUUUGGUCAAGCGUAUCAUGCGCCUCUUUACUCCCGAGCAGACUUCGAGCAUCAUUGUUGUUCUGCUUCGGCUUCUGCAGCUGCGUCAAGAGUUUGUGACCACUCUGGCCUGCGAAAUCAUCCAAGACACCCUCAUUGCCAGUGGCGAGGGUCGUCUUGAACAGCUUUCGGCGACCGUUACUGCCCAGCUUGUCCAGUCGCUGUACGAGUACCGUCCUGAUGUCACGGACAUUCAGCCGUUUAUUGCUUGGAUCAAGCUCGUCGCGCAGGGCAUUAUCGCCCUCGGUCGUUUGGAUGCCGAGGUUUGCAUGGCCCUGCUUCCCCAAUAUGUCUGCAUGCUUGUCGGCAGCCUUCGCAGCGAGCGCCGUGACUUGAUUAUCGCUGUUGCCGCCAGUUUGGAGGAGGUGUUGAGCAAGUGCAUCCCACUUGCAGACAACAUGAUUGAAUCGGCAGUGGCAGAUCCCGAGGAUGGCGACAACCCUAUUCACCAGAUUGUUGCUGAGGUGGAGAAGACCUUGCAACACAACUUGAACGGCGCUUGGACGUAUGUUUUCCCUGCCGUCGGCGAGCUGUUCAUUGCGCUCGGACCACGCUCGAGCGGCAUUCUGGGCCGUCUUCUGACCACCAUCGUUGCCAUGUAUGCGCCGCAAGGUCGCAUGCCGUACCGCGAAGCCCUCAUUGCCUGCGCCGGUAAGGCCGUGCAGGCGAUGGGUCCUCGCCGUUUCCUGAACAUUGUUCCGCUUGGCAUCAGCCUCGACGCCCCGAUGGCCGAGUUCCCGCGCAGCUGGUUCCUCCCCAUGUUCAAGACCAACAUUCGCAACACGGAGCUUGCCUACUUUAUCACCGCCUUCCUUCCGAUGGCUGAGCGAUUCCGCCAAAUGGCUUCGACCGUCACCAACGAACACCAAGCCAAGACGUACGACACGCUUUGCAGCCAAGUUUGGGACUUGCUCCCCGGCUUCUGCACUCUGCCCACCGAUAUUCCCGCCGCCUUCCCCCGCUUGGCCGAAGUCCUCGGCGCCGUGAUUGCCAACGAGUUGGAGCUGCGCGUGCCCGUGUGCAACGCGCUGAUGACGCUCAUCAACACCAACAAGCAAGUUGUCGACCAGUACGAGCAAUUGACCGCCACCGCUCAACUGGUGGCUGACGCUGCAGGAGAGGACGAUGUCGAAAGCCCUGCCGUGCAACCCUCGUCGAUGCCCUUGUCUCGCGAGCUUCCUCUUAGCCCUGACGCCGCCCGUGCUUCGCUCGAUGUCAUUUCUCGCUUUGCCAAGCCAUUCUUCACCAAGCUGUACAAUGUCUAUGGCACUGCUCCUGCCAUCCAGCAUGCCCAGCUCCUUGACACUGUGUCGGCCUUUGUGACCAUCAGCGACCAGGCGGUCCUGAAUGCUUUCUUUAAGAGCGUCAUGCGCACGUUGUUGAACGCGGAUGUCAACAGUGGAAAGGCGAACGGCGCGUCGAUGGAUGAGUCAAACUCUGCCCUCGCGUCCUCCAACGAGCGUCAUGCAAUGAUGGAUUUGGCCUUGACCAUGGUUAUUCGUCUGGAUGCCUCGAGCCUCGACCUGCUCUACCGUGUGCUGAAGCCCCUGCUGCACGACACGGACAAUGCGGUGCAAAAGAAGACGUACAAGUGCAUUCUCGCCAUGUGCAGCGCCUCCACGCCUGUGCACGACGAGUUUGUGACCAAUCACGUCCAAGAUUUGAUGGAUCUCAUGUCGGACGCCUUGGCUGCCUCAUCUGUCUCUGCCAAGAAGCAUCGAUUGAAAUGCUUGGGCGCCAUCAUUGAGCGUCUCGAGCCCGCUAACGUCUCGUUGAUUCCAGCAGUUGUGGGUGAAGUCAUCCUUGCAACCAAGGAAGUGAGCGAGAAGGUUCGUCAUGCUGCUUUUGCCCUUCUUGCCACAAUCGGCGAGGCAAUCAAGCGACUCGGCGAAGAAGGUGCAACGCUCACCGUUGCCGAUGGCCAUUCGGCUGUUGCCUCCAUUGGCGAGUACUUGCAAAUGAUCGUGGCUGGUCUUGGUGGUGAAACUCCGCACAUGCUUUCCGCCACGCUUCUCGCGCUGUCCCGCGUGGUUUAUGAGUUCAAGCUGGAUGUCCCACACGAUUCCCUUCACUCCCUGUUCGACACUGUCAUUGACAUGUUGCAAUCUCGCGCUCGCGAGGUGGUGAAGGCCGCGCUCGGCUUUGUCAAGGUCUGCUUGGCCAUCUUUGCCCCCGAAGAGCUUGCCCAACACAUCCAAGCUUUGAUCAACGGCCUGUUGCUGUGGUCGGAGGAUUCUCGCAACCACUUCAAGACAAAGGUUCGCGUCAUCUUUGAGCGUCUCUUGCGCAAGUUUGACUACAACUACAUCCUGAACUUUGUUCCGUCGGAGCACCAACGCCUUAUUAUUCACAUUCGCAAGGCGAACGACCGAAGCAAGCGUGACAAGGACAAGAAGCGACAGGAAUUCCUCGAGUCCAAGGCGCAGCAGCAACAUGGUGUCAGCUAUGAGGAGGCCAUGUAUGGCUCCGAAAGCGAUACUGACGACGAGAAUGACGACGACGAUGGCCGCAAGAGCAAGGGUGGCAAGUCGCUCAAGGGCGAGCGCAGCAUUUUCGACGAUGCUCGUCACACCACCCCAGCCUUCAUUCGCGAGUUGGCUGACGGAGAUCCUCUCGAUUUGAUGAGCUCGUCUGCUUUCCAGAGCAUUUCAUCAACCAAACCAAAGCCCAAGAAGAUUGACGACAAUGCCUUCAAGACCGCCAAGGACGGUCGCCUCAUCAUUGGCGACGACUCUGACGGCUCGGACGGCGACGACGAUGACGAUGGUCUGGAAGACGGCUCCAUUGAUGGCGAGAUGAACUCUGAUGACGAAGACGAGGACGAGGACGACGACGAUGCCAUGGACAUUGGCGACGGCAAGUCGCGAAAGUCGUAUCGCACGUCUGCCACUGGCAAGACGGGCAAGACUGGCAAGACUGGCAAGUCAGGAAUGAGCAUGGCCCGCAGUGGCAAGUCUGCGAUGAGCGCCAAAUCUGGCAAGUCCUCUGGCAGCGUUGCAGGUCGCGGAAAGCGACGUCGCGACGACGAUGACGAUGCUGGCGAGCGUCGCUCUCAAAAGCCAUGGGGCCACCGUGGCAAGUCCGACAAGGGCGGCGAGCAAAAGCGCUCGCGUGACGAGAGUGGCAAAGCGUUCCGCUCGAAGCGUGCGGAGGGUGAUAUGAAGAAGCACGGCAUGCCGGAUCCUUUCUCGUACGUCAAGUUGGAUCAUCGUGCGCUUAAUCCCCGCCUCGCUCGCAAGUCGGGUGGCGAGUCCGGUCGCUUUGAGGGCCUGAUCAAGUCUGCCAAGAAGGGUGCAGAGGCUGGUCGUGCCCGCGCAGGACGCCGCUAAAGCAGCCUCUUCUUAAGGAUCGAUCUUUUAUUUUUGUUUGUCUGUGCAAUCUCCCCACAUUUUGUUUACCAUUACAACAAAUUCGCUAUGUA